GGCCGCUGCGGCAGCGAGAGCGGAGAGGCUGCCAGUUCCCGGCAGCUGCGGGAGGAGCGAGGCGCGGGCGGGGCGGAGGCGGGGCGCGGCGCGCCGGGGAGGGGAGCGAGGAGCCGGGGAGGCCAGGGAGGGCCUCGCUCCGGAAGUGAAGCUGCCAGACCACCGGCUAAUGGAUGCGCAGCGGAGAGCCCGCUGACCGCUCUGGGCGCCACGGGCAGCUUGGCUUGGCUGAAGUGGAGAGACACCCAGACACACCACUGUGCUGAGUGGGUGACAUCUUCUUGUACAAGAAGCUGAAUACAUAAGUGCCUUGGCUGUCACAGAACAUUCUGGAACAAACAGGAGCCCAAGCCACUCUGCUGGGAAACUUCCCUCCAAGAGUUCUGGCUGCCAGAGUGGAGGCAUCUCCCCACUGGCUAGAGAGAGGUGAGGCGGCAGAGACCCAGAGAGGGGUGAAAGGAACUGCCACGUGCUUCCUGUGGGGCAGGUCCCCACCCCCACUCCUCAACGAGACUGCAGAGCCUCUGGCCAUGGUCCCCUCAUAACUGAGAUACAACCUGGGGCAGGUCUGGAGACCUCACGGAAAAGGCCAGGUCCUUGCCACUGAGCAGCAAGGGUGAUUGGCCCAGGACCUGUUAACUGGUGGGCUAUAAGUCUAGAAGCUCAUCUGGGAUUUUCUCAAUUUGAAGUCAGUGCCAGUCUGUCCCAUAAGCUAAUCAGUAGCCAUAGAGUUCCAGCCAGUCAGUAUCCGGCAAUGGCGCUGGCCCUGUUGGAGGACUGGUGUAGGAUUCUGAGUGUGGAUGAUCAGAAAUCACUGAUGGUUAUGGGGAUCCCAGUGGACUGCAGCGAGGAUGAGAUUCAGGAGGUCCUGCAGGAGACUUUAAAGCCUUUGGGCAGGUAUAGACUCCUUGGCAAAAUAUUCUGGAAGCAGGAAAAUGCCAACGCGGUGCUGUUAGAGUUGCUUGAGGACCCUGAGGUCUCUGUGAUUCCCAGCGAGGUUCAGGGCAAGGGAGGUGUCUGGAAAGUCAUCUUCAAGACCCCUAACCAGGACACGGAAUUUCUGGAAAGACUGAACCUCUUUCUAGAAAAAGAGGGACAGACGGUCUCAGGAAUGUUCCGGGCACUUGGGCACCAGGGGUUGUCUCCAGCAGCUGUGCCCUGCAUCUCACCAGAGUUACUGGCCCAUGUGUUGGGACAGGUGGUAGCACAUGCCCCUCAGCCUCUGCUCCCCAUGAGGUACCGGAAGCUGAGAGUGUUCUCAGGGAGUGCCGUGCCUGCCCCCGAGGAAGAGCCCUUUGAAGUCUGGUUGGAACAGGCCACUGAGAUAGUCAAAGAGUGGCCGGUAGCAGAGGCAGAAAAGAAGAGAUGGUUGAUGGAAAGCCUUCGCGGGCCAGCCCUGGACCUCAUGCACAUAGUCCAGGCAGACAAUCCAUCCAUCAGCGUGGAGGAGUGUUUGGAAGCAUUUAAGCAAGUGUUUGGGAACCUGGAGAGCCGCCGGACCUCCCAGGUGAAGUACCUGAAAACCUAUCAGGAAGAAGGAGAGAAAGUCUCAGCCUACGUGUUACGGUUAGAAACCCUGCUGCGGAGAGCGGUGGAGAAGCGGGCGAUCCCCAGGAACAUCGCCGAUCAAAUCCGCCUGGAGCAGGUCAUGGCCGGGGCAAGCCUCAGUGAGGUACUCUGGUGUCGACUUAGGGAGCUGAAAGACCAGGGCCGGCCUCCCAGCUUCCUGCAGUUAAUGAAGGUCAUCCGGGAAGAAGAGGAGGAAGAGGCCGCUUUCGAAAAUGAGAAUACUGAAGAGCCGGAGGGAGGGGAUGGCUAUGGCCACUGGGGUAACGAGGCCAAUGACUAAAAGCCAACUCCAAGGGUGACCCACAGACGGUGGGUGGAGGGACAGCCACGUUAUUAGGCUAAGACCUUUUCAGUCUUUUUUUCUCUAUAAUUUGCACAGUUGAAAUCAAAGCAUUCAAGCCAGGUUUUAUUUUGUUUUUCUUUCAUCUUUUUGGCUGCAUCCUGGGGCAUGUGGGAUCUUAGUCCCCCAACCAGGGAUUGAACCCAUAUGUCCUGCAGUGAAAGUGGAGCCUUAACCUCUGAGUGGCCAGGGAAGUCCCUUGGGCAAGGAAGGUCUUGAUUCUUCUUCAUAAGGAGAAAAAAAAAAAAAUCUGAGAGCUUCUUGGACUCUACAAAAAUAAUUACUAACUCUCUUCAGUUGUGUCUGAUUCUGUGCAAUCCUGACCUAAUGGACUAUAGCCUACCAGGCUCCUCUGUUCAUGGGAUUCUCCAGGUAAGAAUACUGAAGUGGGUUGCCAUGCCCUCCUUCAGGGGAUCUUCCUGAUCCAGGGAUCAACCCUGCAAUUCACAGAUGAUUGUUAAUAAACAAAAACUUAAAUUCCAAAUAGGAGCUCAGAAGCCUAAAGGAAUCUGAACCAGGUGUCCUUUAAAUCCCUCCCAAUAGACCAAAAGAAAGAAAUGAUGUGAGAAAAAAAAUCUCUUUUGUCAUCCAUUUUAAAAAUCCCAACUGUUUUAAUUAAUUUGUUUUCCUUUCUCAAAUCAGCAAGCUGUCUCUCUGAGUACCAUAUAAGAUAGUGUUCAGAGAGCUAACCAUCAUAAACCUACCAGCCUGGCCCUGCUCAUGGCCUCUGAAUAUGAAAAGCUAAAUAAAUAACCUUGUGUGUAAAUAAGGAAGCACACACUGGAAGCCAGUAGAAGCCAAGAGAAGUGUCAUUGCUGAAUGAGUAUGACUCCUCCAUCCUGGAUUCCUCUCUUUCCUUUCUUGGGAAGUACUCCCCACAUCUCUGCUGGGUGUCAGAUAGAUGGUUCCAGGCAGUGUGUUACCCCCGAGGACACAGAAGUCCAUAAUGUGAGGGACAUUCUCAAGAAAGGGUAGACAUCACAGGAGGGCCUGGAGGAGCAGGGAUGCACUGACCAUGUUUUGAUUCAGGCCAGUGGUUAGAGAUUUUUUAGUGACAACAAAAACAAAGAAGAGAGGAAGUAAGCUGAUAAUUACUGAGAAAAUGCUCUGCACCAGGCAUUUUACAUGUAUCUCAUUUCAUGUGUACAGCAUCCCCAGUGUGGUAUAAUUACGCUCAUUUUAAAAGAGAGGGGGACUUCCCUGAUGGUCCAGUGGUUAGGACUCCACAGUUCCAAUGCAGGGGUUGAAGAUUUGAUCCCUGGUUGGGGAGCUAAGAUCCCACAUUGCCAAAUGGCACACCCAAAACUAAACAAAUCAUAAUUUUAAAAAAUAUUUCCCAAUUAAAAAUAACUAGAUACGUGAGAAAGAAAAAAAGUCCAUAUGGGUUACAUGGUCUGCUCAACAUCAAAAUGCUAACAGGUGGCAGAGCACAGACGGAAGUUGGGACCUCUGUAACUCUUCCUAAUCCGAUCUCCACUGGGAUCGCAGUUUCCAAACCGUGCUUUGUAGUUCUGCAGGGACAUUUCAGCAGUUCCAUGUUGAAGUUGUAUUUUACACUCUUUAAAUCUCUAUUAGAUAACAGGUAGACAGCACAAGUGUGCUGAUAUCCAGAUUUUAACACACUGGUGUUUGCCAGCAGGCUCACUGUUGUUUUCAGAUUGACUCAUUUUGUGCAGACCUUGGAAAAAAGAUUCCCUGGUGAGAUCCAAGCACACAGCUAAACUUCUAUUCAUUCUUCAUAGAUUAAGGAAACCAUAGCACUUCAGAAGUGUUUCAGUCAGGCUUAUGCAUGUCCUGUGAUGCCAAGUGUGCUUCAAGCAUAAAUGAGCAUCAUUCAGUUAAGCACUACACAAGGCUCCAACACAAUUGAUGUCUCACAUCCUGGCAGCUUU